AUUAUCGUCUUGUUUACCUGUAACUCCAAAUAAAGUAAAUUUAACAUGUGUAUCCAUCCAUUUUCUGAUCCGCUUAUCCUCACGAGGGUCGCGGGAGUGCUGUCAACGGGCAGGAGGCAAAGUACACUUAACUGUUAGCCAUAAAAAAUGUCAAAUUAUGAUAACUUCCACUCGUCAGAUUCUUUCUGUAAUAUUGCACAGUAUUUUUUUUUUUUAACCAAGAAUGCAUAAAUACAGCAAAAUGACUCCUGUGCAGCUUCGAGUCACAGUUGGGAAACCUCACUACAAGUUACUUUGCCGAAGUUUAUCUUGAAAGAAUAAAGAUUGGGCGUUAUGUAUAGUCUUUUUGGCUUUGAGAAGAAAUUAUAAUAUAUUCAUCGUCGCAUAAUUGUGAAAAACAAAGCGGAAAUCAUCAAAUCCCUGUACAUUUUUUGACAAAGAGUCAGUAAAUGGCGUAAGAUAGUUCCCCUACUGUCUUCAGUCAUAGUAUGAAAAUACGUCAUUUUAUCUAAAAUAAAUAACAAUUUGGGCCUUAUUGUUGUCCUUUUUUGGGUGUGAGGGACAAUAGCAAGGUAUUGAAAACAAACGUUUUUGUCUUGUUUUGGGCUUUGGGCUGUUUCCUUGCCAUUUGCUGAUUCUAUGGCGGUUCAAGGCUGUUACCUCAACACUGCCACCUAUCGAGUGUUUUGGAAACGUGUAGGUGUCAGUUGACAAACUAUUAAUAGCUGGUUAUAAGUUUGAUUUUGGCAACACUGUACCUUGCUGAAGAAAUGGCAUGUGCAAUUGCACAUGAAAAGGAGUACAAAUGUGCCGUUACUGAGGGUCAAGAUCCGUUUCAGCCGCCAGUCGAGAGAAGCGUCAUGUCCAAGGACUCAUUUCCCUUCACGUCCACGUCGCUGCGCUCCCUGAGGCUGGAGCAGGACCUGCAGGACUGGGAGGACGCGCGGCAGGCCCUGGCCCGCAGGCGAGCUCUGACCCGGGCCCCGCUGCCGAGGGCCCCCCGCAGACCGGCGCCCGGUCCCCGGCCCCUCCAAGAGGUGCGAGCCGCGCCGCCCCAGGUCCGCUGCCGGGACGCCGCCGUCCACAAUACGUUCAUGUGCGGAGACAUGAAGGGGGUGUACGCCGUCCUCAGGGACCCCGGCAUGGUCAACGCCCUGAUGGAGAUUGUGCACGAGGAGAUGGUCUGGGCCCCGGACAUGGACAUGUGGACCAUGAGUUCCAGGGUGAGGCAGACGUCGGCCUUGCGCUUAGCGUCUGGCCGGGGCCACGCGGCGUGCGUGGAGGAGCUCCUGUUCCGCGGGGCCGAGGUCAACGCGGACCCGGGCGGCGGCACGGCGCUCCACGACGCCUGCGCGGGAGGACACGCCGCCUGCGUCAAACUGCUGCUCGCCCACGGAGCGGACGCGCAGCUGCUGGCGGUCGACGGCAACGCCCCCCUGCACCUGUGCACCUCGCCGCUCUCAUUGCGGUGCGCCGAGCUGCUUCUGGACAGCGGCACCGAGGUGGACACGAGGACGGCGGAGUCCAGGCUCACCCCGCUCCACGUGGCCUCCCAGUGGGGUCUGGAGGGCCACGUGGAGCUGCUGCUCUCCCUCGGCGCCGACGUUCUGGCCACCAACCGGGAGGGCGAAACGGCCUUGAACGCCGCCUGCGCCAGGGCCGACAGGCCUUCGGAGGCGGGCCGCUACCUGGGCGUGGUCCGCAGGCUGCUGGAUGCGGGCGCCGACCCGCGCACGGCGGGCAAGAAGAGACACACGCCGCUGCACAACGCCUGCGCAAACUGCUGCCCAGCCAUCGUGGAGCUGCUGCUGCGGUACGGCGCCCAGGUGGAUGUCAGCAACUGCGCGGGGUACACGCCCAUGGAUUGUGUGCUGCAGGUGCUGGAGGACUACUUAGACCAGCAACCUGAAGCAGUGGUGCGGACCCUCCUGAACCACGGAGCGAAACCAGUCCCACCAAAGUCGCUGUGGCAGUGCGUCGUCUCUCCCGCCACGUUGGAAGUGAUUCUGAAUUCCUACCCGCACAUCCCGCCGUGCGACUGGCUGGACGGACGCCCUCUCGCGCAGGAGCAAGAGGGCUUCUUGGAGGUGGUCCGCCAGAGGAGCGGGCAGCCUCGCUCUCUGCAGCACCUCUGCCGACACGCGGUGCGGCGCCGCCUGGGGACGCUUUGCCACUCGCGAGUGGCCCGACUGGACGUCCCCGGCUCGGUCAGGGAUUACCUGCUCCUGCGGAAUGAUGGGACCCUCCACUGAAUGUUUUGGGCUUU